AUGCGAGUCCAGUGUGCUAAGCACUGCGCCAUCUCGUUCGGUGUUAAAACAGCUGACAGAAAAUUAUUGUGUGUUGGUGACUCGCCAUUUGCAUCUGAUACUGUGUGUGUGGGACAUAAUUACACACAGUUUCUCAUUCUUCGGUUACAGGAAGUCAAAGUGAAUCAGAAGAAUCCAGUCAGAGAGAAUGAAGAGUUCAUCGUAUCCUGUAUCGCCCAGGGCUCCUCGCACAUGACCUUCACCUGGUUCAAGGAUGGUGUAUUUGUUAACCAUAGCAAGUCCAUCAGGAAUAUGUGGACGAAGCUGAUACCUAUGGGAUCAGAAGACCAGUACAACGCAAUGCUUGGCAUUGAGAGUGCCACUCCUUUGGACGCCGGUUGGUACACGUGCCAAGUCGUCGACUUGGAGGUGCAACAGUGCAAGUCUGUAUACGUCGAGGUGCUGUCUCAGCCACAAGUCAAGAUCUCCCCAAUGAGCGUAACGGUGGAACGGGGAGAAGACGUGACAGUGAAGUGCAUGUCGACGAGCAGCUACCAGCGGCAUGAGAAGUAUGGCUACAACUGGACAAAGAACAAGGCUCUGUUCCCCAUGAUGCGAAACAAAAUUAUCUGGGAAGAUUUGUAUCCAUCCGGGAGCAUCCUCAAGAUCUUUAAAGCGCAAAAAUCAGCAAUAUUCGACUGCCAGGUGCAAGGCAGCGUGGCGAGCAACUCCGCGAGCGUUACGGUGGAGGUGGUGAACAAGUCUGUGGUGGCGCUGAGCGCCGUGCCCUGCCCCGCCACACACGCGGGCCGCGCCGCCACCCGCCGCUGCGUCCUCACCGACACUCACCGCGCCUCCUGGCAGCGCCCCGACUUCUCGCAGUGCCGCCGGCCCGCGCUCGCCCACAUCCACAAGAAGUUUAUCUUGUUGACUUUGGGAUAUCAAAACACAACUGGAGCAGAAACACUCGCUGACACAUUAGCUCUCCUCAAAAAACUAACCAGGCUAUUACCAGGUGAAGGAGAGCAAGUCUUGGAUUUGCUUCAUGACGUUCAAAGCUACUUGAAUCAAACAAAUUUCCUCGAUGACAUUCUCGCUUCCGUGAAUGACUUCUACGAAAUAAUAAGUAUAUUACUGGAUAAUCCAUUUUCCAUCCAAAAUCCUGAGAAAAUCGUACAGUUACAGGAACUUGUGAAUCAAGAAAGUAUUAUAUGGGGCUCAUUUCUGAUCCCGAUGAAGACAUAUAAACUGCAAUUAAGUUCAAUUGAGCUUAUCGUCUCUCCAUUUAAGACUACAUCACUUACGGGAAAAACUUUUCAGAAACAUUUCACCAGCACUUCCACAACAGUAAUUAAUAAGAUGACUAUUUACAUUGAUGCUCUGAAAAGAAGAGCAUACUUGAGUGGAAAUUACUGCAUUGCUGUGGUUAUCUACAGAAACCUAACAAGGUUUCUUCCUGCAAGAUACUCCUGCAAGAUGGGGGAUGGGACUGAAAUGGAGUAUGAAAUCAAUUCACAAGUUGUAACAGUCCAACUAGGACAUGGCAGAUCACUGCUCCAUCCGGCUCCUGGUACCUUCCAAGUGGAUCUUGAAAUGGAACAAGUGAUAAAAGAAUACAACCCUUUAAGAUGGAAGAGUACUUGCGCAGUGACAAGCGUUGCUCAGGUUGAGCAUUCUUGGAAUACAGAAGGCUGUAAGACACACAAUGGAGCCAACAACAUUUCCAGCUGUCGUUGCUAUCAACCUGGAAGUUUUGCCAUCCUAAUGACAUCUCAUAAUGCAGUGCUUACUUCUGCUCCUACUAUCAACCAACACCUGAUUCCUUUGGUGGGCUGUAUUGUAUGUUUGCUGCAAACUAUGAUGACACUAGUUCUGCUUCUACCCCAUUGGUGGUAUCAUCAAAACUGUCUUGUGUUCCUGAAACUACAGUGUAGUUUAGCUGUCAUGGCUGCAAUGAUUACAUUUGUAUACGUCUUUCAAGGAAGUGUUGGAAAGGAGUUCUUUCCAUAUGUAACUACUAGUUUAGAAGCAUUUAUGUUGAUUGGUAAUUCAUCACACAUCAGCAAAUUGCUAAUUGUGUACACUGAAGUGGUCAAAAUUCCAAAGGUGAAACAUCUUAAACAAACUGUAAUUUGCAUCAUAACAGGUGUUCCAGUUCUGGCACUUCUUUGCAGUCACUUAGUGCAUCAUUCAACAGAUUGGAACUUAAAUUCCUGGUGGCUCAUUAUUGGAAGCACUACAUUCAAUAUAUUUAUAACUUCAAUCACAAUAAUGCUUCUUUUAUUUGCAUUCCUAUAUUUCAUGGUUAUCAGAAAACUCUCCAAUUAUUCAAGAGAAAGACACUCAGGAACCAAGAGUGUUAAGUAUCGAACUGGUCUUCUAAAAAGAGCUGGGAUCAUAUUUCUCAUGAUGGUCAUUGUGGAAAUUUCAAGUAUACUGUACAUCAAUCUCCAAACUGUGGCAUAUCAUUAUGUGUUCAGUGUUUCAACUAGCCUGCUGGGCUUCUCAGUACUAGUAUGUUACAUUAUAUCAAGUGAAUGUCCACUACAUACAAAAUUGCUUCAUAAACUAAAGUUAGUGAAAACAGCAGAUGUGGAUUUCAGCUCUGAUUCAUUAAACAGCCCUCUUCGAUGUAAGUAUGAUCCUUACUGA